AUGUCGAACGCUAUCAGAUUCUUCGAGCUCAACACCAGUGCUAAGAUCCCGUCUGUGGGUCUUGGAACGUGGCGGGGCUCUCCUGGCGUCGUUGGUGACGCCGUCGCUGCCGCUGUUAAGUUCGGCUAUCGUCAUAUUGAUUGUGCUCAGUUGUAUGGCAAUGAAAAAGAGAUUGGGACAGCUUUGAAAAAAUUAUGUGAAAAAGGUGUAGUGAAACGCGGGGAGUUGUUCAUUACCUCCAAACUCUGGUGUACUGAUCAUGACCCUCAAGAUGUACCAGAGGCACUGAACAGAACUAUACAGAGUCUGCAGCUCGACUACGUUGAUCUGUAUUUGAUUCACUGGCCUGUACGGAUGAAGAAAGGUUCUGUUGGAGUAAGUCCAGAGAACUUUUUACCUGUAGAUAUUCCUAGCACAUGGAAAGCAAUGGAAGCACUCUAUGAUUCGGGCAAGGCACGAGCCAUAGGAGUAAGCAACUUCUCCACCAAGAAACUAGGUAAUCUCUUGGAUCUAGCUCGUGUUCCUCCUGCUGUUAAUCAGGUCGAAUGUCAUCCUUCUUGGCGACAAGCGAAGCUACGAGAGUUUUGCAAAUCCAAAGGAGUUCACCUCAGUGCAUACUUCCCACUCGGUUCUCCAGGAUGGUUCAAGAGCGAUGUUCUGAAGAACCCAAUACUGAAUCUAGUUGCGGAAAGGCUUGGGAAAUCUCCUGCUCAAGUCGCACUCCGUUGGGGACUCCAAAUGGGUCACAGUGUACUUCCCAAAAGUACCAAUGAAGGAAGGAUCAGAGAGAACUUAGAUGUUUUCGACUGGUCAAUACCUGAUGACUUGUUUGCCAAGUUUUUUGAUAUUGAACAAGCUAGGCUAUUGAAUGUUUCCUUCUUUGCUCACGAGACACUGAGCCCUUAUAAGUCUGUGGAAGAAUUAUGGGACGGCGAGGUAUGAUAUUCAG